CCGACGCAUCUACCAAAGAAGGCUGACCUCCUUCUCCUGCUCACCACACGGGCAUCCUUCGGGUGCAGCCGAAGGCCAGCUGAAAGCCAAGGGGCUCCGCCUCCGCCCGGUCCUUCCCGUUUUCUUUGUGUGUUGGUCCCCACGAGCGUUCAAAACUGUUUCUCCAACGGUUCUUCCAGAAACUCGGACUGUUCUCCAAAGCAGACGCAGCCCUGCAGCCCUCGCGGGCAGAAGUGAUGGGGAGUGUGCGAGUGAACCGCUACAGCGUCGUUUCAUCAGAAGAGGACGGGAUGAAGCUGGCCACUGUCGCCGUGCCCAACGGCUACGGGAACGGCAAGGCCAAGGUGCACACACGGCCCCAGGCGCAGAGCCGCUUCGUCAAGAAGGAUGGCCACUGCAACGUGCAGUUUGUCAACGUGAGCGAGAAGCGCCAGCGCUACCUCGCCGACAUCUUCACCACCUGCGUGGACAUCCGCUGGCGCUGGAUGCUCCUGAUCUUUUGCUUGGCCUUCCUCCUCUCGUGGCUCUUCUUCGGCUGCAUCUUCUGGCUGGUGGCCAUCUUCCAUGGAGACAAAAAGUGCAUUUCCAACGUCACCAACUUCACAGCUGCCUUCCUCUUCUCCAUCGAGACACAGACCACCAUCGGUUACGGCUACCGUUAUGUGACAGACCAGUGCCCCGUGGCCGUCUUCAUGGUGGUCUUCCAGAGCAUCGUGGGCUGCAUCAUUGACGCCUUCAUCAUAGGUGCGGUGAUGGCGAAGAUGGCCAAGCCCAAGAAGCGCAACGAAACACUGGUGUUCAGUCACAACGCCACGGUGGCCAUGCGGGACAACAAGCUGUGCCUGAUGUGGCGGGUGGGCAACCUGCGCAAGAGCCACCUGGUGGAAGCCCACGUUCGAGCCCAGCUCCUCAAGUCCCGGACCACCGCCGAGGGGGAGUACAUCCCACUGGACCAGGUGGACAUUGACGUGGGCUUCGACAGCGGCAUCGAUCGCAUCUUCCUGGUGUCCCCCAUCACCAUUGUCCACGAGAUUGACGAGGACAGCCCCUUCUACAACAUGAGCAAGCAGGACCUGGAGACCUCCGAGUUUGAGAUCGUGGUCAUCCUCGAGGGCAUGGUGGAAGCCACGGCCAUGACGACCCAGUGCCGCAGCUCAUACCUGGCGGGGGAGAUCCUCUGGGGCCACCGUUUUGAGCCAGUCCUCUUCGAGGAGAAGAACUACUACAAGGUGGACUACUCGCGCUUCCACAAAACCUACGAGGUGCCCAGCACACCCCUGUGCAGUGCCAGGGACCUCGCUGAAAGGAAGUACAUUCUGCCCAACUCCAACUCCUUCUGCUACGAGAACGAGGUGGUGCUCGGCAACAAAGACGAUGCUGAAGAAGGCCUCACGGGGAGCAUGGGCCCGGAGGGCACCAACACAGACACGGUCUCGGACUCUGAUUCCGGCCACAACCAGGCCACGUUGCCCCUAGAACCGCGGCCCCUGAGACGGGAGUCCGAGAUUUGACCGUUGAAAGGGGAACCUGGGAGCAGCGAUGCGGAAACCCGCACUUGGGAGGCACGUGGAGCUGCGCUGAGCCAGGCCUGGACAGGGGAACAGAUAUCACGCUGAUGGUACUGCUGUGAGAGGAGUUCACCAAGGACCGAAACGCAAGUGUUCAGACGGGGGACAGAAAGCAACGAACGAACAUAAGACUACGCACUGGCGGAGCACGAUGACACGUGUGCAUAGACCGAUGGGAAAGGUUGCCUCGAGGGGGUCAGUUAGUAACUCUAUACAGCCCUAUUUAUUAUCACGAUGGUUUAGAGAUCUGUGUGACAGAAGGUUGGUGGGAUGAGGGAAUUCGCUCGAGCGGUAUGUUUUUCAAAACUUGAAAACAGCAGGCAUGUCUCUGUGAUCAUCUCUCCAGCAGAAAGAUGAGCAUGAUGUGGGUUCAGUAGCACAAAUCCUGCUCUUGUUGCCUUUAUCUGCCUUUGUGGGUUUUAACUGCUGCUAAAGAAAUGACCUUUUCUACAUCUGGGGCAGAAGGAACAUCUGGAAGAAAGGCAAGCCUUAAACCGUCCAGGCGCUUAAAACGGUCACGUGCCCGAUACAUAAUGUGUGUUGGGAAUUAAUGUUUCCAUUUCUCUUGCUCUCAACGAAAAGCCAAAAAUUUUGCUAUUUUGCACAUUGUCUUUGGUGGCAACUGUCAGUGACUUAGUUUGUCGAGCGUUUUCCCCGCAUGAUUCGGCUUCCAGAACCUUCCGCUUGCACAGCUAUCCCAAGGCCCGGCGCUCUUGGGUCCGAUUGGAAUUAAGCGGGGUGGGUUUGGCACACGUUGCCCGUUCCAGGCCUUUGCCAGGUGCAUCAUGGGAAACGUCUUAACACUACUUUCCUAGAACACUGACACAUACAAUAUCUAUGCAGGUUUUCUAUGAAAAUGAGUACCGUGGUGCCCAUAAAUGCGUUCGAACCCAAGGCAGCCAGAGUGAUGCGUGUUGAUGAGCUGGCCUCUUAACACUACAGCAGCUCUCUGUCGGGGAUCCAGCGUGUGGGUUCUAACCUUGAGACAGCUGUGCCAAAAGACGGCUUCAGCGGAGUGUCCGUUCUUCGCCUCUCAACCCAUCUUCCAGUUCUAGAAGCUUCUAGCCUGCGUUAUGGAACUCAAGUCCCCAGCCUGACAUCUCGCAUACAGGAAAUGAAACUUCCUAUCUAUUUGUUGUAAGACAAUAACAAGGAUGAGUGUGAUCUCACAUGGGGGGGGUAACCCCACAGCCCCAGCCCUUGAUGUGAACCUACAGGCGAUGUUUGUGACAUGCUGGUCAAAUGCAUAGAAACAUGCCUGUUUUUUGUGAGCAAUACCAGUCGGAGAGGGGUCAUCAGUGUCGCAACGAACCAGACUUUUUCUUUACACUUCCUGGGUCAUAAAACAAAUGAGCAAACGAAUGUUUAACGAAGUGCUGCUACGUUGCUUAUUGUAAUGUGUGUGUGUGUGUGUGUGUGUGUGUGUUUUUUCCUCUUGGGGGGGUAAAAGCCUAUUAAAGUAUUGUUGUUUGUCUCAUUAAAAAUAGUUUAGUUUUCUAAACAAGUAGGAGGAGCUCGUUAUUAAGUGUAGGUAACCGAAAAUGGCUCAUCUAUUUUCCUAAAACAGAUACAUGUACACAUUUUAUGACAUAUUUUCAUAAUUGAAGCCAAAUGCAAAUAAAUCUGUUAGAAUCCAACGUGGGGUUAAGAAGCCCUACAAGAGGCAGGAGACAUUUGAACAAGUCCCUUUUGUAUCUGUAAGACUUUCGAAACUCGAGUUUUUCAGUGUUAUACCCAUUUUUUUGUCGUUUUGGACAAAUUCUUUACGACAGUGAUGUCCUGCAAGUUGAUUCUGACGAUCAGCAAUCCCAGGUCUCUCUGGAUCUGGAAAUGAUCUGCGAUUCCACAAUUGCUGAGUGCACUUCCUGGCGAACGACACACACACACACACACACACACACACACACACACACACACACACACACACACACACACACACAGAGUCCACUCCAAGAGCCAUUUGCAAUUUCAGUAUGUUUGUGCAGAAACCCGGCGUCAGACGCUGGGAACACUUUCAUAACGUUGCGACUUUUUAGUUUAAUUUUUGCUUUUAGAAAACAUUGAUGUUUUACAGUGAGAAAUUAAGAGCCAGAAGUACUGUAAGCGCUCCACACGAAGGCCCUCUUGUACCCUGUGGGGUGUGUGCUGCGACGCACUGAAGGCUGCGGGGGGUGCGGACCCCCCCCAUUUCUGUAUCAAUGACUGAAAGCCUUUUGCAGUGUCCCCCCCCUCCGUUUUUAUUCUCUUCUGUAAAUACUCCCUCCCUUUGGCAGCCUUUUUGUAUCAGUCUUCCUA